CGUCAUCUUGCCUAAAGGUACCUGUUGCUGAAGCUGUCUGCUCUCCCCUCUUUUUUCGACACUGUCUCUCGCUAGAUAAUCAUCUUGGUCAUCCCAAGAGGCACAGGGAGCCGGAGAUGUCGGUGACUGCGCGGAAUGGAGUUGCCUCUCGGGGGGAAGAAGAUGAGGUCUGUCCCGUCUGCAAAUCCUCGCGAUACCUGAACCCUGAUAUGCGAUUCCUCAUCAAUCCGGAAUGUUAUCACAAAAUGUGCGAGUCGUGCGUUGACCGCAUCUUUUCAUCGGGGCCCGCCCCCUGCCCCGUCGCGGGAUGCCACAAGACACUGCGCAAGGCCAAAUUCCGGAAACAGACGUUUGAGGAUAUCGGCGUGGAAAGAGAGGUGGACAUACGGCGGCGAGUCAUGCAGAUCCUGAACCGCCGAGAAGAAGAGUUUGCCACGAAAAGAGCCUACGACGAUUUUCUUGAGCAACGUGAAAUGAUCAUCGCCAACCUAGUGCACGGAACGGAUGUGGCGAAAACGGAGACUGAUCUGCAGAGAUACGCACAAGAGAACCUGAGCUCGAUCCGCGCGAACCAAGCGCUGGAGGCACAGGAAGCCACCACGUUCCAGGAACGGCAGACGCUGGAACAAGAACAGGCCCGGUUACGUCGCGAGGCUGCCCGGCAAGAAUACGAGAACGAGCGUCGGGAAUUACUAGCCGGACGAGAAGAUGUGCUGAGCCGCCUCGCCGCCGGUCGUGCCGGAGAUGCGGCGGCAAUUGCGCGCGAAGGCCAGAGAGUCCUGCUCAAAAAGUCCUCUGCGCGGCGCAGCGAAGAGGAACGAAUCCGUCAGAAACAGGCCGUCCUGCGCGGUUCGGAGCUCCGGAAGGGGGUCGCAGCCCCAACAACGGCAGGCAUCACCGGUGCACCCGACUCUGGCCUCGUCAAGGGCCUCAAGAAGAUUGAGGUCCCCGUGCCGGAUAAGCCGUAUGAUCCCUUUGGCGGCCUGGUUCCCGACAAGAGGGAUUACUAUACCCUUCAGGAACACUAUCCGUCCACCUACCUCGAUCCCAUCAGGCAGGAUACUCGCAUGCUGGCAGGCGGGUACGACCUGCGUGAAUACUACUCAAGGACGUUACUCGAAGCAUUUGCCGGGCUGGGCUGCUUCCUCGACGAGGAGCUGUCUGAAUCUGGUUCUCUGGACGCCUCGAAACCCGUCGCCACUCAGGGGGCUGCCAUGGCGGCUGCUACGUCUGGAGGGAACGCAAGCAAAGCAUGAAUGUUACGGAUGUCUCGUUGAUAGGUCAAGUCUACUGCAUAGCGAUGGUGUUGUGGUUUCAUUUGCAUUUGGUUCUCCGGGAUCCUUUCCUCUGAGAUGACAACCGGACUUGUUCGGCUGUCUUUGGACAGCCAGGCCAAUAUGUGCCAUAGUUUUGUCAUAAACAUUUCUGGUUUGAAUAAUUAAUUCCCGAAGAAUGGUAGCCAUUCUAUCUGACUAAAGAAAUAUAAAAUAUUAUAGAACCCC